AUGGUCAAGGCCGUUGUUGCUGGUGCCGCCGGUGGCAUUGGACAGCCCCUUUCGCUGCUCCUCAAGCUCUGCCCUUUGGUCGACGAGCUUUCCCUCUACGAUGUCGUCAACACCCCCGGUGUUGCCGCUGAUCUCUCUCACAUCUCCUCUAACGCGAAAAUCGCCGGCUACCUUCCCAAGGACGGUGGCGAUAAGGAGGCUUUCAAGGAUGCCGACCUGAUCGUCAUCCCUGCCGGUGUUCCCCGCAAGCCCGGGAUGACCCGUGAUGACCUCUUCAACAUCAAUGCUGGCAUCGUCAAGGGGCUUAUCGAGGUCGCUGCCGAGGUCGCCCCCAAGGCUUUCAUUCUUGUUAUUUCUAACCCCGUCAACUCGACCGUCCCCAUCUCGGCCGAGGUUCUCAAGGCCAAGGGCGUUUUCAACCCGCAGCGCCUCUUUGGUGUCACCACCCUGGACAUUGUCCGCGCCGAGACCUUCGUCGCUGAGAUCGCCGGCAAGUCCAACCCCCAGGAGUUGACCGUCCCCGUUAUUGGCGGUCACUCGGGCGAGACUAUCGUGCCCCUUUUCAGUCAAGUCAAGCCUGCCGUCACCAUCCCUGACGAUAAGUACGACGCUCUCGUCAACCGCGUCCAGUUUGGCGGUGACGAGGUCGUCAAGGCCAAGGAUGGCGCUGGCUCGGCCACCCUCAGCAUGGCAUAUGCUGGCUACCGAUUCGCCGAGAAGCUGCUCAAGGCCAUCAAGGGUGCCAAGGGUCUCGUUGAGCCCAGCUAUGUCUACCUUCCCGGUGUUCCCGGUGGCGAGGCAAUUGCCAAGAAGACGGGCUGCGACUUUUUCUCGGUCCCCAUUGAGCUCGGUCCCAACGGCGCUGAGAAGGCACAUGACGUGCUCGGCGAGCUGACCGACAAGGAGAAGAAGCUUCUAGAGGCGGCCGUCAACGGACUCAAGGGCAACAUCCAGAAGGGUGUUCAGUUCGUCAAGAGCCCUCCUCAAAAGUAA